AUGCACCAAGUUCGUCAAGGUAUUAUUGAACUAAAAACAAGACAGAACCCAGUCAAAGAUGGUGGCAUUAUUUUUAAUUUGUUUGUAAAAAUAUUAAAAGCACCCAACGCUCUGAUGUGCCUAAAUCUCUUAGCAGCACAACUGAGAGAAGAACGUGAUCGUUUCAUUACAACCGGUGAUAUGGCAAAACAGUUGCCGAUUGAGCGAAAUCUAUCUCUGGAAGUCCUUUGGCGUAAUGCAAUUCUGUGUAGUCGUUACCAGCCGCCGGAUGUCGAAGAAAUAAUUAUACAACGUUAUCUUCAGUCGGUUGAAGCCGGUCUUCCCUUUAAAAUAAUUGACGGUGAUAACUAUCAUUUUCCACAUUUGUUUCUAACAAAGGUCUUAUCAUCACAAAUGGCAUCGUGCUUCUCGAAUAAAAAGGUUUUGACAAUCAGUGUUCUUGGACCACAAAAUUCGGGAAAAAGUACGUUGUUGAACUAUAUGUUUGGUACGUUCUUUGAUGUUCGCGAUGGCCGGUGUACACGUGGUAUCUACGGUUCAUUUAUGAAAUCAAAUAGACUUGAAUUUGAUUAUAUUCUGCUAAUCGAUACUGAAGGCUUGUUCGGUGUAGAACGUGAAGAUAAAGAAUUCGAUCGACGAUUAGUAUUAUUCUGUUUAGCUGUAUCACAUUUAGUUAUUGUCAACAUGAUCGGUGAAGUAAAUGAAUCGUUGAAGACAAUGUUAACAUUGUGUGCUGAUUCCCUGAAAGAAAUGGGUGUCAGCCGUGUUCCACAGCCAAUUGUCCAUUUUGUAUUAAAUCAGAAAGCUGAUUUAAACAUCCCAAAUCAUAAAGCAGCGAUUGAUAAGAUCAUAACGGAUCCGAAAGCUUUUGAUCUGAGUGGAAUGAUCGAUAUUAAACCGGAAACAGUUCAUACUCUACCGAAUGCAUUCAAGAAAGAACGUGGCCCACUCAAUGAUACCAGUUUACCGUAUUUGAUAAAAACUGAGCCGGACUUUGUUGAACUAGUGCAAUUGCUGACAGGUGAUAUUAUUGACUCAGCGACGAAAUAUCUCUCGCGUUCUUCUGAACAGUUUACUGAUCCUCUACAUUGGCUUAAAUCUUCAAUUACAAUAUUUAAUACUUUACAAAAAUUUGCUGACCUAACCUAUUACCGUGAUAUAACUGAACGUCGUCAGGACAAUGAAGUACGUGAGUACAUAAGCACGAAACUUCAUCAGGAAUUCUCUUUCAAAUAUUGUGAUCAACUUACCAGUAAAUCUGCAAGUAAGAAUGAACGUGAAAUUGAAGAUCUUCUUCUACCUGAAAUACAGAAGAAACAGGAUGAAUUGAAUGAUGAACUUGAAAACCGUUUAAAACUGUUAAAAACAUCUGAUACAAUCCGCACAAGGAGUAGACAGUUUUUAAAGGUACAAAUUAUUGAAAUGUUUAAUGCACUAAGAACACAAUGUAAAAUGGUGAGUGAACGAGCACAAAUACAACUGCUGGUGCAAAAUGGUGAAGGUGAAUUAAACAAGUUGAUUAAUGAGAUCACUGCCAGAGGUACAGUUAUGUCUGAACAAUCAGCAUCCAAUGAGUUUGAUAAAAUGUUUUAUACAAUCAUCGAUAACAUUAAUAAGAAUUUUGAUCCAAAUGAACGUGUUCAGUCAGCUCUUAAACAUAUCUUUACUAACUACAACAUCUUUGAAAAAGACUGUCUGCCGGAUUAUCAAAAUUAUAUUUUGAAUCAUCUAAAAUGGUUACAAACUGUAUGCAACGAUAACCACGACAUGAAACAUGUUCUAAAAGAUCUGCACUCACGUUUCACUGAAUUAGCUUACAAGUAUCCUCUGAUGCAGGAACAUACGUUCAUUCCCGAUUCAAUGAAUCCCUAUUCAACAAAUACAAUUGACAGUCUAGUUCAUCUGAAUAAACAACGGUUAAAAAAACAUUUUACUGACUUCUUACAUAGUAGUGCAAUAACCGAAAUAGAACCAAAACAAUCUAAGAAUAAGAGUACUCCUAGACGAGUGUUUAAUGCCAUAAUGAGAUGGAAUAGUACUAGUGCAGAAACGACGACAAAUGAACAGAGUACAAAAAGUCGAUAUAUACAGGCGAGUGAAUAUUUUCUGAUGCUGACACGGCAGGAAAUUGUAAAUGAAUGGAAUAGGGAUCGUAGUAACAUACGUAAAGAAGAUCAUCUCUAUGUACAAGCUUCGGAACUGAUUGAUAGUGUUAUUCGACCCGUGGUUGAUGCUGCACGUACCAAUGUAAAUGGUAAUACAGGUAAUGUAAAUGAAACACGUCAAAUUCACACAGAUCUUGUACAGAAGAUCGCUGGUGUUAUUAACACGUUAAUUAAAGAUAUUAAUCUAGAACUGAGUCCAUUUUGCUUAACACUGAAUAAACAACUGAAAUCAAUAUUUCAUACAUGUGCUAUUAUUCUGUUAACAAAAUACUACUUUAAUGAGCAGCAACAACAUUUCCUACACACCCUGUCGACAUUGGAUGAUCGUAAACAAGAACUAAGAUCACAUUUUAUUUCAAUGGUUGUUUCAAAUACAUCGAAUGAUGAUGGCUGUGCAAUUAGUCUGUGUAAACAAGUUAAAAAAUAUAUUUUGAAAGCUCUGCUUGAAGAUGGUCGAAAACGUAUUAAAUUUGAUUUACUGCUGAUCUGCUGA